UGCUCCUGCCCUCGCCGCCGCCGCCGCCUGGACUCCCGCGCCGCUCGCCUCCCACGCAGCCCGGCGCUCGGCCGCCAUGUACCCGGCCGGGGGAGCCGCCCCCGGGGCCGCCACGGGGCCCGUUCUUACAACACCUCCAUCACUGCCACCUCCAAUGCAGGCAUAUGCAUUUAAACCUCCCCCUCGACCUGAUUUUGGUACUUCGGGAAGAACAAUCAAACUGCAAGCCAAUUUCUUUGAAAUGGACAUCCCCAAAAUGGACAUCUAUCAUUAUGAAUUGGAUAUAAAGCCUGAGAAAUGUCCUAGAAGAGUUAACAGAGAAAUAGUUGAGCACAUGGUGCAGCACUUUAAAGCCCAGAUCUUUGGAGAUCGCAAGCCAGUAUUUGAUGGGAGAAAAAAUCUCUACACCGCGAUGCCGCUUCCAAUAGGGAGAGAUAAACAGGUGGAAUUGGAGGUCACGUUGCCAGGAGAAGGGAAGGACCGAAUAUUCAAGGUAGCCAUCAAGUGGAUGUCGGUUGUGAGCCUUCAGGCAUUGCACGAUGCUCUCUCCGGUCGUCUUCCAAGUGUUCCUUUCGAAACCAUUCAAGCUCUGGAUGUGGUGAUGAGGCACCUGCCCUCAAUGAGAUAUACUCCAGUGGGCCGAUCUUUUUUUACUGCAUCCGAAGGGUGUUCGAAUCCUCUGGGAGGUGGCAGAGAAGUCUGGUUUGGAUUCCAUCAGUCAGUCAGGCCUUCCCUGUGGAAAAUGAUGCUGAACAUCGAUGUCUCUGCGACAGCAUUUUAUAAGGCCCAGCCAGUGAUUGAAUUUGUAUGUGAAGUUCUUGAUUUCAAAAGUAUUGAAGAACAACAGAAACCUCUGACAGAUUCCCAAAGGGUUAAGUUUACCAAAGAAAUUAAAGGUCUUAAGGUGGAAAUCACUCACUGCGGACAAAUGAAGAGAAAAUACAGAGUAUGCAACGUUACGAGAAGACCAGCAAGUCACCAAACAUUUCCUCUUCAGCAGGAGAGUGGCCAGACUGUUGAAUGCACUGUAGCUCAAUAUUUUAAGGACAGGCACAAAUUGGUAUUACGCUAUCCUCACCUUCCAUGUUUACAAGUUGGACAGGAGCAGAAACAUACGUACCUUCCCUUAGAGGUAUGCAAUAUAGUUGCAGGACAGAGAUGUAUUAAGAAGCUGACAGACAAUCAAACUUCUACUAUGAUUAGAGCCACGGCAAGAUCAGCCCCAGAUCGUCAGGAAGAGAUCAGCAAAUUGAUGCGAAGUGCAAGUUUUAAUACCGACCCUUUCGUUCGGGAGUUUGGAAUCAUGGUGAAAGAUGAAAUGACGGAUGUCACGGGGAGAGUGUUACAGCCGCCUUCGAUUCUCUACGGAGGCCGGAACAAAGCAAUUGCGACCCCAGUGCAGGGGGUCUGGGAUAUGAGGAACAAACAGUUUCAUACUGGAAUUGAAAUCAAGGUCUGGGCCAUUGCGUGUUUCGCUCCCCAACGCCAGUGCACUGAAGUCCAUCUUAAAACCUUCACUGAACAAUUGAGGAAAAUUUCCAGAGAUGCAGGAAUGCCCAUCCAAGGUCAACCUUGCUUCUGUAAAUACGCCCAGGGAGCAGACAGUGUGGAGCCAAUGUUCCGUCACCUGAAGAACACCUAUUCUGGAUUGCAGCUUGUGGUUGUCAUUCUACCUGGGAAAACUCCUGUUUAUGCCGAAGUGAAGCGGGUCGGUGAUACGGUGUUGGGAAUGGCCACGCAGUGUGUACAGAUGAAAAAUGUGCAAAGGACUACCCCGCAGACACUUUCUAACUUGUGCUUAAAGAUCAAUGUCAAACUAGGAGGAGUUAAUAACAUUUUAUUGCCACAAGGAAGGCCUCCGGUAUUUCAGCAGCCUGUCAUUUUCCUUGGUGCAGACGUCACUCACCCACCAGCUGGAGAUGGGAAGAAGCCAUCUAUUGCUGCUGUUGUAGGCAGCAUGGAUGCCCAUCCGAACCGCUACUGUGCCACUGUGAGGGUCCAGCAGCACCGCCAAGAAAUAAUUCAAGACUUGGCUGCCAUGGUUAGGGAGCUGCUGAUCCAGUUUUACAAAUCAACUCGAUUCAAGCCAACGCGGAUAAUUUUCUAUAGAGACGGUGUUUCCGAAGGGCAGUUUCAACAGGUUCUUCAUCAUGAAUUGCUGGCUAUCCGAGAAGCCUGCAUUAAGCUAGAAAAAGAUUACCAGCCAGGGAUUACCUUCAUUGUGGUGCAGAAGAGGCAUCACACCAGAUUGUUUUGCACCGACAAAAAUGAAAGAGUUGGGAAAAGUGGAAACAUUCCGGCAGGCACCACUGUGGACACAAAAAUCACCCACCCUUCGGAGUUUGACUUCUACCUGUGUAGUCAUGCUGGUAUUCAGGGCACAAGCAGACCGUCUCAUUACCAUGUUCUCUGGGAUGACAAUCGCUUCUCUUCAGACGAACUCCAGAUCCUCACUUACCAACUGUGUCAUACUUACGUCCGGUGUACUCGAUCUGUUUCCAUCCCUGCGCCAGCCUACUAUGCACACCUGGUGGCCUUCAGAGCCAGGUAUCAUUUGGUGGAUAAAGAGCAUGACAGCGCCGAAGGGAGCCACACUUCCGGGCAGAGCAACGGCCGCGAUCACCAAGCUCUCGCGAAAGCUGUCCAGGUCCACCAAGAUACUUUGCGCACCAUGUACUUUGCUUGACAUCUGGCCGUGUUGAGGAACUCAGUUCUUCUGAGUUGGAUUCACAAGAGACCAGCUGCACUUAGACCAACAGUUGCCCGAGCUACCGCGACAGCCAGCAAAGGAGUGAUGCAUCUUUAUUUUUAAAUAUUCGGGGGUGGGGGAGGGAGGAGGGGGAUGAUGAUGAUGAUGAUGAUGAUUGUGAUUCUAUUUGCAAGAAAGCUUUUCAUCCAGAAUUUCAGACUUGAGUGUACAAAAUAUAUAUAUAUAUUGCACAGCUUUUAAGACAUGUGGAUAUGCCAAAAUCAAAAAAAAAAAAAGCUGCUUGUCGGGAGAAAUGAAACAAACAAGCAAAAUUGAAAACCCACGUUUUUUAAUUAACUAGAGCUGUGAUCUCAGGGCUAAAAACAACACUUCUCAUUUUAGUUAACGGCUUUUUCAGAUGCUCUUAUUUGUAAUAAUCUGAAGAAAUACCCAAUUAAGAUCCGAUUGAACGGGCCUGGGAGGGAGAUGAAUUUGCUUUUAUUCCUUAAAAAAAAACAACACAAAAACAAAAAGCACUCGUUAGGAUGCCAGUGAAGUCUUUGAUCAUUCUGGAUGCAUUUGUAAAGUGAUUUUGUACCGAGAUGCAGAAAGAGUGAGCGAAACCUUUGCUGUCUUAUUGAUAAGUCUGUGAAGGUCUAUGGGCAAAAAAUAUAUAUGUAUUUUUGACGUUAAUUCUUGAAUGUCUUUCAUUGUGCUGUUUAAAAUUUUUUGUAGGAUGUGUUACGGAAUUAUUUCAGUUACAAAAAAAAAAGAAGAAGUUUUAUCUAUACUUUUUAUUAGGUCCACUGAAAGAUUAAUGAAGUGUGCCACUUUUUUUAAAAAAAAAGUUUAUUUUUUCUUAAAAAAAUAAUAAUAAUCCAUUUUGAUUACUAAUCAUGGAGUUUGUCCUCUAGGACUGUGACACUUAAUUUUCCAAAGCUUUUCUAAAGAAUACGGGUCUGUGGUGAUACAGUACAAUCUCUUUCACUGUUAUGUUUGAAUUAAUGUAAAAUUUAUAUGUGUUUCACAGUAUUAACAUGAUAGUAUAGAUGCUAUUUAUAUUUAUUUACUAAAGAGUGCUCGACAUAGUUCUUUUUAACAUAUCACAAACUGAAGAAUGCUUUGGAGUUUUAAAGUGGAGAGCUUUUAUGUGGACGAGAGGGAUUUGGGUUCGAAUUCGCCGUAACUUUUUUGCCGGUUCCCUUGUUCAUUUUAACGAGGUUUGUUUAUUAUAUCUCCUUGAAGUGAACAAAGGGGAACUGGAGCUGAUGUGUUUUUAAAAAAAACCCCAACAGGAUUAUGCAACUACCUUGUGUGGAAGAGGAAAGAUAUACUUGGUGUUUAUAUCAUUUCCCACCCCUUGUAUCUUGGAAGGAUUUAGGGGAAUUCAGGCUGUAGUUUAGACAUCAAAAGGAAGUUUUGUGGUUCUUUCAAGCACAUAAAUUAUUGUUGUUGUUUUUCUGUUGGAUCACCUGAGUCACAGAAAUGGAAGGGAGGAGAUCUGUGUUUGGCUGUUCGCUCUGAAGAAGACAACUUCUCCAGAGGCCUGUGCUAGAAGUACAAGUUUCUCUUAACUGCACAAGAUUGAUCAGACCAAAUAUUCAAAGCUACCAUUGCACUGAUGACCAUGACAAUAGGAACACUACUAAAACACUGGGGGUUAGGAAGCUUUCCCCCCCCCCUCUCUUCCAAUCUGAUGGGACUUUAAAAAAAAAAAAUAAUUUUCCCAGGCAUGAUUUUUUUUUAAAAAAAAAAAUAGUUUCCCCCCCCUUGAAACCUUUCCAAGAUUCAGUUUUCAUUUCCUUCUGACGAGCAGUGCAGCCUGUCAGGUUUCCAAGUGAGGAAACCCACUCAAAGAAACCCAUUCUGUCACUUAGAAAGAUAAAGAGGGCCCUACCUCCACUGAGUGGAACGUUGAAACUACGAUUAAGCUAAGGUUGGGAUCUUAGGCUUUGCUCGGAAACGAUGGAUGUGGGCUGAGCGAGAUAAAAGCCACGGAAAUACUUUUUAAGGCCCUAGUGCACAUUUUAUGCCAGUCUGGACAGCUGGGCCCCUCCCAUUGCCAACAGAGGCACCUGAAAAACAGGUUUUCAGGCAGAGGUUUUUGGGUGGCUUGCAGGAUGUCUUAAAAAGUUUGUAAGCUGCAACUUCCAGCUGUUUAAUAGGUUUAAGAGAAGAAAAAGACAUUUAAGGCACUAUUUUUUUGGGGGGGAGGGGUCACUCUUUUCUGCUAAGCAAGAUUGUAGCAUCUCCUUUUUUUUGAUGAUUUUUUCAAUUUUAUUUUCAAAGUUAAAAUGUCGACUCCGAGGGGGGAAAAAAAGGAAACAACAAACAAACCAAAAAUCUCUUUCACCUUUCCUCCUUCUCCUCCUUUUCCUCCUCUUUUUCUUGGGAGGGGCAUUUUUCUCUGCAGCUUUUUCAGACACCAUAAAACCUGCUGUGCGGAAUUCAGGAUUGAAGUAUAAAACAAAUGUCAAAUUAGGAGAUGAGAAAGGGAGAGAAACCAUUUUCAAGUCCAUCGUACCCCGUUUUCAAAUUUAAACAAAACAUCACUCAAAACUGUAAGUGUUUUCAUACACAUUUCUCCUUUUUGUUGUGCAUUUUUCGUUACGUGCACACUUCCACAAUGAUAGUAGAUUCCCUACUAUCAGAUAUAUUUGACGUUAUCUCAUUGAUUUCCAACGCUGUUUUCUUUUUUGGGGAAACUGCCUAUAAAACUGGGAAAGAGCAUCUAUUAAAGGAUAAUAACAAAUAUAGUUCAUGGGUAAUUACGGGAAGUAAGAAUUAGGAGCGUUUGAACCAAAAUGUUUACUGUAAAACUUCUCUCCCUUUUUAAUUCAAACAGCUACAGCAGAUUAUUGGGUUAUGAGCUACAGAGAGUCCCUCCUACAUAGGAAGAAGGCAGUAUACAUAAACUAGGAUUUCAUUCCUGCUACUAAAGUUCUGUUUUCCAUCGCUUUCUUUUCCAGGCAGCACUUAAAUUAAUAGUUAUGUUUAUACUUUUUACUAUUUUUUGUUUCCCCAUAAUCUUCAAAAUACAUCAGCUAGAUGGGCUAAAAUGGAAUCCUUUUUUUUGGGGGGGGGGGUGUCUUUCUAACUACAGCCACCUAAUCUGACAGUUGUCCUGUAGUGGCUGCUAGCUAGCAACAGGCUAAAAUAAUAAUUGCAUUUAGGUGCUUCUGGACAGUGCUUUUCUUGUCUUGGUGGCUUUACCGCCAAGUUCUGAUAUAGAUUCUUCAGUGUGCAGAUAGUUCUAUCCACAGCUGUUGUUUAUAUAUGCAUCAUUCAGGGCCAGAAGGAAUAGGAUGAGUUUUUGAAAGCGUCGGAUUAGUUUUUGCUCCGAUAGAGAGGAGAAAUGCAUAUCUCUUUCUCUUUUUAAACUUUCCAUAACCAUAAUACUUUUUUUUUUAAAAAAGGCUUUUAAUUGUUCCAUAUGGCAAGCGGGGAAUGGAGGACGGGGUGUUACUAUUAUUAUUUUUUGUUGUUGAAAAACUGACAAUGCACUUUGAAAACACAGGGCGCUCUGAAUAUGCACAGGAACUGGGUUUUGUUUUUUAAAAUAAUAAUAAUAAUUAUAAUAUAUGCAGAAACCAAAACUCCAAAUGGAAACAAAAAGGAUUCGACUUUCUCAGUAGUUCUUUCUUGCAGUGUUUCUUGGAACCCCCACACUGCUAUCUCAGGUGAACGAUUUCAUUUUUUGCAGAGAUCCCAGAUACUUUCCAUGAGAACCAAGGCCAAUAGCUUUGGGAAAUGGGGUUGGUGGGUGGGUGGGAUAGGAGUGGGACUAUAAGGAAUGGAAGUGCUUUCAAGUCUUUAUCACAGGAAUCGUUUUAGAAGAAAACCAGCUCUAGUACCGAUUCGGCUUUGUUUUACAAACCCGUCUUGUAGAGGAAGAAUGUUUUGAAAAAUACCUUUGAUGCAUUUUUUUUUAACCAAUUAAUGGCGUGUUCAUUUGUCGCCAAACAGCUCAGACUGAAUGAUGGGUCUGGUAGUUUGUGACCGUCUGCUUUAAGGAUGCGUCUCUGCCGUGAGAUUUUUGGGACUGUGCGCCACUUAGAAAGCCACCUACGCCCAACCCAGGAACUGUGACUUUUGCCUGGGGGCAAAGAGAUUGCGCUGUUCACCUGGGUUUCAAGCCCGCCCAACUGUCACUUGUGAAUUUUCUACUUGCCCUAAUAUUAAAUGCUUUCAUAGAUUUGAGAUGCCAAAAAAAAAAAAAAAA